AUGCCCGCGCUGCGUCCAAUCGGAGAGGAGGAAGGCGGAGCUUCGCCUUCACUUCCGUCAAUAUUUGCAGCAGUGCACCGAGAAGACCAAGCAGACACGACAAAUAGACAAACAAAGGAAUUGUCAUCCCUUGUCGAGGUUCUUUCUAACACUUGUCAUCGCGUUCCGACCUCCAGUGCCCUCUGUUCCACCCCCGGCCCGUGCUAGGAUGCCUUUCUUGGGCAAGGACUGGAGGUCGCCAGGAUGGAGCUGGACCAAGACGGAGCACGGCUGGAAAAGGAUCAUCUUCUACGGCCACGACAUGGACCGCAUCCACCGAGAGAUCGAAUUCACGUGCGACGACAAAGAAAAUCUGUUCGUGCGGGACAUUUGUGAACUCGCCAGCGUGAAAAGGAGAAAGGACUUCUACAACCACAACACCAAAUCCCAGUUUGUUUUCCGGGACAAAUGGAUCUACGUGCAGAAAGAGAGCACAAAAGAGCGUCAUGGAUAUUGCACGCUUGGCGAAGCGCUGAAUCGCUUGGACUUCUCCAGCGCCAUCCACGACUUGAGGAGGUUCAACUACGUGGCAAAACUGUUCCAGCUGAUAGCCAGAUCCCAGCUGGCGUCCUUGAGCGGAGCCGCCCAGAAAAACUAUUUCAACAUUCUAGAGAAGAUCGUACGAAAGGUGGUGGAGGACCACUACAAUCCGCGGCUGGUCAAGGAGCUCCUGCAGGAUCUGAGCGCGACGCUGCACAGUCUGACCCUGCACGUGGGCCGAUGCGUGCUGGUGGGCAACGUCAACGUCUGGCUGCGCCGACUGGAGAACAUCCUCAAGUGGCAGCGGCAGCUCAACGACCUGCAGAUCCCCAAGCAAAUGUGCUCGGGCACGUCCUUCAGCGACCUGCCGCUCUACAUGCACAACAAGAUCCUGUACAACCUCUCCGAUGCCUGUGACAUCAUCAACCUGGGACAGGCCACGCCCACGCUGCACAUCCUCAGCGAGAACCGGACGCUGUGGAAGCGGCUGUGCCAUUUCCACUUCUCGGACAAGCAGCACGUCUCUCGGAAUGUGGUCCUGCCCAAAAGCGACAGCCUGGACUGGAAGUUGAUGUACUUCGCCCUGCAGAAGCGUUUCCCCAUGAAGGAGCAGUACGGCGACACCUUGCACUUCUGCAAGCACUGUAGCGUCCUCUUCUGGAAGGACUGCGGCCACCCGUGCACCGCCAACGACCCGGACGGCUGCCUCGUGCCAAUCUCCCCGCAGCACUUCAUCGACCUUUUCAGGUUCUAGAUGUUUCCUUUCCUCCCGUAGGCUCGCACAUGCGAUGGGACAUCCUAACGUUGUUUACCUUCGAUAGAAAAGGGCUCGAAAGGUGGCGCAUUCCGACAACGUGCAUCUCCGUCGCGCACAGCCGUCACCGCGGUGACAGGGAAAAAUCGAUACCAAAUAGUAUCGUGCUGAUUUUUGCACAAAUAAGGUCAAAUACUGUAUAUAAAUAUACAAAGUGUAAAGUGAGUUUUAGCAUGUGGCUAAAUGGUGAAAAGUAUAUUGUAUUUUUAAGGAAGUUUACGGCGGCUGUUUUUCAAAUUGAUCGGUUAAUCGCUGAUCACGCCCACUCCUGAGUUCGGUGCUCGUAAUCGUAAUUUUCUCAUUUCGCAUUAACCGGACGUGUACGUCUGUUUAUGUUUUUGAGUGUUUGUCAGUCCUCAUUAAGAGUUUUUCCAAAUGUAAAGUUUUAUUUAUAUGCUCUGGGGAACUUUUGUAUCCGUCUCCCAAACUUUUUUUUUUACAAUAUUCAUUCCUGUUCCGCGAGUUGCCA